CUCUCUCCCCUUUAAUUACCACCACGCACUGCCGCACGCCCAUCCUCGCUGCAUAUAGCAUUGACCUUGCCACCCCCCCUUCUUCACACACACACACACUAUCUCUCUCUGGCAUUGUCGUUUGCCCGGGCGCGACCGUAAUUUUCCCGUUCCUACCGCCGCCCUGAACCCGCAAUCCCACUUCCAGUAUUGCCUUCGCUCCCGGUUUCGCCCUUGGCUGCCCACGAUCGCCGCCCCACGAGCGCCGCCGCCGCCGCCGCAUACAUUAAUACACGCCCGCCCGCCGGUGCUAAAGAGGUUUGCAUUCACUGUAGAACCGGUUUAAUGGCCCCAACUUCAGAACCCUCACACUCUUUCCAGAAGCUCAGACUCGACACCUCGACGCCGCACAAGCCCGUCACCUCAACCUUUGCCUCGUUCGCGCCUCUCGCCCGCAAAGACUCGCCGCACGCUGCCCCUGGCCAUGUCCAGUCCCAGCUGACUGCCGAGUUCGCGGCUGCUGCCCCCAAGGCCAACCCCCACGCCGCCUACCAGAGGCGUGGCCACCGCAGCCCCGACCCCUCGGACGACUUUGGCCAUGAGGGUUCGCUAGCCGUCGGUAGCAGUGGCAGCCGCCGCGAGGAUGCUGCCACCGACUACUAUGCCAGAGACUACCGCCACCGCAAGACGAGCAUCAGCUUCAACCAUGAGGUCCGCCUCGACACAGGCGAGGGUGUCGGCCUCGGCGUGCCUGUGCCCAAGACCAAGACUGCAAGGCAGUCGCACUCGCAGUCGCACCGCACCGAGGCGGGAAGCUUCUCGGAUGGCUCCCAGCCCGACUACCUCGAGCUGCCGUACCGCGCACGCAGAGGCAUGCAGUACGGCGUCGGCCAGUCGCGCUUCCCUCUCGUCAACACGACGGCCGCCAACCUUGCGCGAGCCAGCGAGUUCCCCGACCAGGUGGCUUCGCUGACGUCGGACGCAACAGCCUCGCCGCCCCUCGAUGAAGCCCAGACGCCCCUGGAGACGCCCACCGAGUACAUGCUGUCGCCAAUUCCCGCCACCUCGCCCGUCGAGUUCCCCCUCUUCUCGCCCUCGCCACGCCGCAUGGGCAUGCCCCGGACCAAGAGCUACCGUUCCGAGAUGGGCGAAGAUGGAAGCCUCCGGCGAGCCAGCCGCCGAUCGUCUGGCCGCUCUGGCCGCUCGCUGUCGUCCAUGUCGCCAGCUGCCUCGUUUCUGGCGCGGUACAAGGCGUCCGAGGCCCCCAUCCGACCGCCCCAACCCGACGAUGAGGGCCAGGGCAUUGGCUACGACAGCGAGUACAUCAUCGGCAAGCAGAUUGGGUACGGUGGCUUCAGCAUUGUCAAGGAGGUGACGAGCAUGGAGAAUGGCAAGCCCGUCAUCGACGCCGUCAAGAUUGUGCGCAAGAUGCAGAACAACAAGUCCGAGUUCGAGAACGAGCAGAUCCAGACGCAGUUUGACCACGAGGUGGAGAUUUGGCGCUUCCUACGGCACCCCUACAUUAUUCCGCUGCUCCGAGUGUACACGACCGACUACGCUACCUUUUGCAUCACCAAGCUGAACAAGGGCGGGACGCUGUUUGACCUGAUCCGCGACACACGCCGGAAGAGGAUCAACGGGCUGCCGGCCCACUUGGCCAAGCGCUAUGCCUACCAGCUAGCGUCGGCCAUGCGCUACCUCCACAAUGACGUGCAAGUGGUGCACCGCGACAUCAAGCUGGAAAACUGCCUCCUGGACAUGACUGUGCCCAAUGCCGAGGUCGACGGCGGCGACCUUUUGCUCUGCGACUUUGGCAUGGCAGACUUCAUCAUCAGCGACCAGCGCGACGGCCCCGAGCCGCACUCGAUUGGCGACAACCAAAACAUUGGCCCUGCUGAGACUAGCACGUCGAUCGCUGGUAGCUUGCAGUAUGCCGCCCCCGAGCUGUUCAAUACUCCUGGGCCCGUCUUCUCGCCAGCGGCCGACAUGUGGGCAUACGGUGUGGUGGUGUACGCGCUGCUUACCGCCACUUUGCCAUUCAACGAUGGCCUGGACAUCAAGACCAUGGAGAAGAUCCAGGCGUGCCAGUGGGACGCGGACCUGGUUCGCAACUCGGAGGCGGUGCGAGAUGGCGAUAUCGAGGAUGCUCUCGACCUGCUUCGCGGCUGUCUGGAUGUCGACUGCGAGAGGCGGUGGGACAUUCACGAUGUGCUGGACUGUGCUUGGCUUCGUGGUUGCGCAGAGCGCUACGAGCAUGUCUCGCGUCCAUGGGUUGCCGAGUCGUGAGAGGGUGGAUUAGCGAGUGUGUAUGAAUAACGUUUGGUGUUGGUAUGGGUCGGGCUGCGUCACGCACUGGGAUACCCCAUUGGCAUCACUUCUUUUUUUUCCUUUCCUUUCUUUUCUCUAUUUGUUUUUUUGGUUGAUUCCCUUUUUUUCACGCUGAAUUUUCACUGCGGCGCUCUUCACGGCCCGACACUGUGCGAUUCAGUCACUUCAGUUGGCUAUUGGAUACCCUGCUUCGGUGAUUGGAUUCAUGAUUAUGAUUGCUUCUGGCGUUGUCUCAUCGAUGGUUGGCUAGGGCCCAGGGUUGGGUUGGGUCUCAUGAUGGAUUGUACGCUGCUUGGCUUCGUGAUAGAUUUGACUGCCUUUGGUCGGCCUGUUGCCGUGUCCACUGACGCAUCAUCGGCUCACGUAGUCCGAUAGCUGUAUGUAAAAGUGAAAUAAUGUAUUAGCU